AUGACAGAAGAGAAUCCCCUCGUCCUUACGGACGACAUAGCGGACUUCCGCGCUCUUUGUUGGGCACUCUACGCGACACCUGUACAGCUAUACACCUAUCAGGGGGAGCGAAUUCGCACGUUGGACCUUCUCCAAGUCGUCUGCCUUCUUGAGAUUGCACACAAAUACCACUUCACCGCGUACGAGCACUGGGCGCGCGAUAUCCUGAUCCGACAUACCGACCCACGUAACCUCCACCCCCAAUUUCGAUUUUCCUAUCCACCAUCCCUGCUGUCACGAAUGCUACGUCUGUCAGAAAAAUGCCACUCGGCCAAGCUUAGGGACAACGUCGAAGCUACAUGGCUUCUGCGAUUCGACUCCCCGGGUUUGGCCCUCACCACCGCGGAAGAUCUCCAAUUACGCCAGUUUCAAGGAAAAUGCUACUACAAAUUGGUUCGUAAUUUAGGUUCCAUACGACUCGAGGGGUCUUCGACUGCCUUUGUCCCCUAUGAAAUGGAGCUCUCCCCAGAGCAGCGCGCGCGUCUGUUCCAAGGCGCGUGGUCCAUUCAGCGGUUCUUGAGAGGAUUAAGGGAAGAUUGUCGUCUCCCCAAGAAAGACGCAGCUUGUGAUCAAGCUCGACACGACAUCGCAUGCAAACGGGCAUCUCAAGACUUUUUUGGACGAGGAGGAGACGAGGAGUUUCUUCGGUCGGCUGACCCCCUGGAGGUGAUACAUAAUUUCUUAGAGCAACACGCACGGAGCCAACACCAAGGCACUUGCGUGCUCAAACACCUCGUAACUGCCUACCAUGAUUUUGGAGAUUCGUUGGCAGAUCACUUUCUUGGGAGCUGUGGUCCAUAA